CAUUCGCGUCAUCGCGCGUCGUCCAUAGUCAUUCCAUCGAAAAAACGAGAGAAAUCGAAUACACAUUACAAGAGUAAUCCUGAUGACGAUGACAGCGAGCUCGAAGCAGGGUACCAAGCGGUCGAAGUGGGCCUUAGACUUCGCACACAAAACGAAACAGGAUAAGAGUGUGGAGAUACCGUCUCCACCAGGGUACACACCCACCGGUGCCCUCUUUCACAAUGUGGAGUACAUGCGAGAGUCGGACUCCAAUCAUCUGAUAAUAAAGAAGUCCUGGGACUUGGCGUUGGGCCCCCUCAAGCAAGUGCCCAUGAAUCUAUUCAUUCUAUAUAUGGCCGGUAGUUCUGUUUCAAUAUUUCCUAUCAUGAUGGUCGGUAUGCUCAUCAUCAAGCCGGUCAAGGCGCUAUUCACUCUCCAGCAAACAUUCAAAGUGAUCGAAGGUACACACGCGUGCGGACAAAAGUUCGUGUACUUCCUAGGACAAUUAGUGAAUAUCGCGUUAGCUCUGUACAAGUGUCAGUCGAUGGGUCUAUUGCCGACGCACGCGUCCGACUGGCUGGCAUUCGUUGAACCCCAGAUGAGGGUGGAAUACUCCGGAGGGGGUUUCAUAUACAUUUGAUGCAAAUCAGUCAGGCGGUAUUAAACUGAAGUACUCGCUGGUAUAGUUUCGCUGGUUCGUCUACUCGUGGCACCUGUGGGGAAAACAUCAGUUUCAAAAAGUACUAAUCGCACUACAAGUCUCAUAUGACACAUGUUGCCUGAUGUGAUUUUUAGUUUGAAGCGAUCCAAACAGAAACAGCAAAUGCAAUAUAAUGGAAUAAAAUUUAAAUGUCAUUGUUUACAUGAAGGAAAAGGUCAAUAACUUAUGUAUAUUUUAUCGUAUAUAAAUCAGAGUUAUUACGAAUAA